GAAAGUCUAGUGAGAGAAAGUAGAGAGAAAAUCUGAGGGUGCCAGCGAUGAAAUUGAAGGAUCAAAGCUUUCUCUUCUGAGAGUCAAAGCUGGCAAGUUUUUAUGUCUAAUUAUUAAGGGAGUGUGUGUUUUUUUCUAGAGAGAGAAAAUUAUUUUCAUUUUUCAUUUAAUUUUUAAUUUACUUUUUUUUUAUAAUGAAAAUCUAAUCCAUUUCAAAUCCCACCCUCAUAUCUUUUCUCUCUCAUAUAUAAUCCCUCUCCCCUCUUCUCCCAUUCUCCUCCUUGAGGGAAAUGAGCUCUUUUUAGAGAGAGAAACAGAGUGAGAACAAUUCACAGAGUUAGAGAGAGAAAGUAAAAAGUUUUAUUUAUUUUUUUAGAAAAAAAAAAAUUAAAAAAAAAAAAUUAAAAUGGUGGAUCAACCAUUUACAACCAUGUCUUCUACUUCUUCAUCUUCUCCUUCUCAUCUUCCUUCUACAGAAAAGAAGCAUUGGUGGCUUAGCACCAAAAAGGUUGUAGACAAAUAUGUACGAGAAGCUCGAACAAUGAUCUCAACUCGGGAUCAAAACGAGAUAAACUCAGCUUUGAGUCUACUAGAAUCAGCCCUUUCUCUAUCUCCAAAAUUUGAACAAGCACUCGAACUUAAAGCCCGAUGUCUUCUUUACCUAAGACGAAACAAGGAAGUAGCAGACAUGUUACAAGACUACAUUCCAAGUUACAAAAUCAGUGUUUACUCCGAUGAUUCUUCCGGUUCAUCCUCGGAUAACUCGAACUCGUCUUCUCAGACUUUGUCGAGAGAACGAGUCAAAUUGUUGGGAUCCUCUAAGUCAGAGUCUAAUUUAUCAUCUUCAGGUUGUGAUUACCCAACUUCAUUCAAAUGUUUCUCUGUUUCUGAUCUUAAGAAGAAGGUUCUCUCUGGUUUUUACAAGAACUGUGAUACAGAAGGGCAAUGGAGGUACUCAGUUCUUGGUCAAGCAUGUUGCCACCUUGGGCUAAUGGAGGACGCCUUAGUCCUCCUCCAACACGGCAAGCGCCUCGCCUCGGCUGCGUUCCGACGCGAGAGCAUUUGCUGGUCCGAUGACAGCUUUGCAUUCACCAUUUCCACCACCUCUGACUCAAUUUCAGUCUCUUCAACUCAACAUCAGCCUCUUACAGAGACUGAGUCAAUAUCCCACCUCAUUGCCCACAUUAAGCUUCUCCUACGGCGUCGUGCAGCCGCGCUUGCGGCUUUAGACGCCGGUCUCUUUACCGAGUCCAUCAGACACUUCUCGAAGAUUCUAGAGGGCCGUCGCCCGGCCCCUCAAGCGUUUCUUGCGGAAUGUUACCUUCACCGGUCGUCUGCCUAUAAGGCUGCCGGUCGGACAGCUGAGAGUAUAGCUGACCUGAAUCGUACCCUUGCAUUGGACCCAACCUCGACCGUGGCACUUCACGCUCGAGCGGGUUUGUUUGAGUUCAUUGGGUGUAUUACAGACUCAGUUCAUGAUCUUGAGCAUGUGAAAUUGAUCUAUAAUUCUAUUUUAAGGGACCGUAAACCACCCGGUCCGGUUUGGAAGCCGAGGGCGGUUCCAUAUAGAGAGAUUCCGGGCCGGCUUUGUGCUUUGGGCUCAAAAAUUCAGCAAUUAAAGCAAAGAAUUGCAAUGGGGGAGACUGGUAAUGUGGACUAUUUUAAGUUAAUUGGGUUAAGGAGAGGUUGUUCGAGGUCGGAAUUGGACCGGGCUCAUUUACUUUUGGUUUUAAGGCAUAAACCGGAGAAAUCGAUGAGUUUUUUAGACCGGUGCGAGCUAGCGGAUGAAAGGGAUUUCGACUCGGUCAAGGAUCGGGCAAGGAUGUCCGCGGUGUUGCUUUUCCGACUUGUCCAAAAGGCGUACUCGAAUGUGCUGUCUACAAUUGUCGAGGAGGAGGCAACGGAGGCCGAAAGGAAGAAAACAGCAUUGGCCCUACAACAGGCUCAAGCCCAAGCUCAAGCUCAGGCCCAGCAAGCUAUCGAGGCACGGAAACAAAUGCCGGUAGAUGAUGGGCCUGAGAUUGGCCUUGGGGCCGGGUACGAGUACGAGCCAGAGGUUGAUGUGGAUCAACCCGAUGACAGGCACGACCCGAGUUGUGGUGGCAAAGUAGGGUCAUUUGCUUACCAAGGAGUGUUUUGUAGGGACUUAGCAACUGUUGGGAGUUUGCUCUCUCAAGUUGGUUUCAACCGCCCUAUUACACUCAAGUAUGAGGCAUUGAGUUGCUAAGGAAGGUUUACUACUUGCUAGUGUAAUUACCAAAGUUUAGAGGGUGAAAAAAAUUGAUAUUGUUGGGGGGUAAUUUUCGAGUUUUCGAAAUCGAGGGGGGUGAAAUUGGAAGAAAGGAAAAUAAAUUUUGGGGGUACUUGUUAAAUUAAGAUAAUGGCAGGGGGAAUGUGAUUAAUUUUGGGGUUAAAAUUCCAUGUACAGAGGAAAAAAAAAAAAGGGAAUGUGAAGGUGAAAAAAAAACAUGAAGAAAAAAGAAGGAUUAAAUGGGGUGCCAGAAAAUUUUGCUACUUGAAUCUUUUAGAUGUACAGACUUUUUAUGCUUAAAAUUCAAUUUAUGUGCAAUUUAGUAGUACUAUUAUCAAUUAAUCAAACUA